UCCAGCAGGCAGACGCAAAUGCCAGAGCAGGACGGGCGAGGAGGGCCAGGUGGAUCCUACCUGAAGCCAUGGGGCGGAGCUGUCUGUCUGGAGAAAGGUGUGUCCGUAGCAAGCUUCCUUGGCAUAUAAGGGAUGACCCAUCGCUGGUGUUCUGGCAAGACUUGCAGCGGCGACAGUGACCCUGGAGAGAGUCCGGGUGAUACUUGGAGGCCUCAGGAGACCAAUGCAGGCAGCUUCCCAUGGGGAGGGAACAUGGAGGGAACCACCAGGCUCUACUCAACGAGGGAGAAGAGGCUGAAAUGGAGAUGUUUGGCUACAAGACUAAAGGGUGCCGAAGGGCCCUGUGCAUCGCUGGCUACGUCCUGUCCUGCGGGGGCCUCCUCCUCCUGUUCUACUGGAAGCCCGAGUGGGACGUGUGGGCCAACUGCGUGCCCUGCGACUUGGAAGAGGCCGACGUUGUCCUGCUUAGCACCACAGAUGAAUUUCACGUCUACACCCGGAAGAAGGUAGUUUGGCUCUCUGUGGCCGCCCUCGGCCGCCUUGACCCCACUCACCCCCUCAUGGCUGACGAAGGCUCUCUCCUGAACAAGGUCAUCGCGAGGCCAGAGUUGAAAGCAAGGUGCCUCCAAGUGCAGAAGAUCCGAUAUGCCUGGGACGUUUCUGCCAAGCGGUUCGUGAAGGUCGGGGUCCUCGAGGAGACACACACCUGCGCAGAGAUCCAUGCAAAAUUUGGGUCUGGGCUGACGAGCGCAGAGCAGGGCAUCAGGAGGGUCAUCUGUGGGCCCAACGCCAUUGACGUCGAGAUCGCGCCCAUCUGGAAGCUGCUUGUCAAAGAGGUGCUGAACCCGUUCUACGUCUUCCAGCUGUUCAGCGUCUGCCUGUGGUUUGCGGAGGAAUACAUUGAGUACUCUGUGGCCAUCAUCCUCAUGUCUCUGCUCUCCAUCUCUCUCACAGUCUAUGACCUCAGGAAGCAAUCCGUGAAGCUGCACCGGCUGGUGGACUCCCAUAAUGGCGUCCUGGUCAAGGUCCUCAGGAAGGAAGCAGGUGUCCAAGAGGUGGAGUCUCGCCAUCUGGUGCCUGGAGACAUCCUGGUUUUGGGAGGGGGCAGAAGCCUGUUGCCCUGCGAUGCCCUCCUGAUCCACGGCCAGUGCAUUGUGAACGAAGCCAUGUUGACAGGAGAGAGUAUCCCAGUCACAAAGACCUGCUUGCCCGGGGGUGACCAGGGCAGCACCCAGCCUUGGCGAGAGAGCUGUGCUGAGGAUGCCCGGAGACACCUUCUAUUCUGCGGGACGGAGGUCAUCCAGGCCAAGGGUCCAGUGAGAGCCGUCGUUCUGCGGACCGGUUUCAACACAGCAAAGGGGGACCUGGUGAGGUCCAUUCUGUACCCGAAGCCCCUGAAUUUCCGCCUCUACAGGGACGGCAUCCGGUUCCUCGGGUGCCUCAUUGGGAUCGCGGCCAUCGGGAUGGUCUAUGCCGUCUGCGUCUAUGUCCUCAAUGGGGAGGAGGCUGGCGAGGUGGUGAAGAAGGCGCUGGACGUGAUCACCAUUGCGGUCCCUCCCGCCCUGCCGGCCGCGCUGACCACAGGGAUCAUUUACACCCAGAGGCGGCUGAAGAAAAAAGGGAUCUUCUGCAUCAGCCCCCAGAGGAUCAACGUGUGUGGCCAGCUGAACCUCAUCUGCUUCGACAAGACUGGCACGUUAACCGAAGACGGACUGGAUCUCUGGGGGAUGAUCCUGGCCGAAGGAAAGAGCUUCCAGGGCGCCCACUGCUUCUCCUCCGGCCCCCCUCUGCCCUGGGGCCUGGUGUGUGGAGCCAUGGCCAGCUGCCACUCCUUGGUGCUCCUGGGCGGGAAGAUCCAGGGAGAUCCGCUGGACCUGAAGAUGUUUGAGGCGACUGGCUGGGAAAUUGAGGAGUCCAGCAAUGAAGAUGGAGAGGGGGCAGAUGCCGUGAUAGUCAGGCCAGGAGUCAAGGCCCCACAGGGUGCUGCCGUGGGCGGCAUGGCCAUCUUACGCCAGUUCCCGUUCUCUUCAGCCCUGCAGAGGAUGUCCGUCAUCACACAGGAGUUUGGUGGGGAGCGGCACGUCUUCAUGAAGGGGGCGCCCGAGAGAGUGGUCAGCUUCUGCCGGCCAGAGACAGUGCCCGACACCUUCACCAGCAAACUCCAGCAUUAUACCUCUCGGGGCUUCAGAGUCAUUGGGCUGGCACAAAAAAGUCUGCCGGCGGGAAUGGAAGCGUCUUUCCUAACAAGGGAGCAGGUGGAGUCUGGCCUGACCUUCCUGGGACUCCUGAUCCUGGAGAACCGGCUGAAAAGCGAGACGAGGCCCGUUCUGGAGGAGCUCAGCGCUGCUCGCAUCCGGAGCGUCAUGGUCACAGGUGACAACAUCCAGACGGCCAUCACCGUCGCCCGAAAUGCUGGCAUGAUUCCUCCCGGAAGCCAAGUGAUCCUUGUGGAGGCAAGCGGCCAGGCUGGGCUUCCCUCGCCCUCCAUCAGCUGGAAGCUCCUGGAGGAGAGCAAAGAAGACCAGGGCCACAGCGAGUCCGAGGAGAGAUACCUGGAAGUGGGAGGAGGACGAGGGCCUGAUCCCGGAAGGGGCAGGUACCACUUCUGCCUGGAUGGGAGAACCUACGAAGUCCUCAGUCAGCACUUCAGGAACUUGCUCCCAAAGCUUCUCCUGGACGGGACGGUGUUCGCUCGGAUGUCUCCGCCUCAGAAGGCCAGCCUGGUGCAGGAGCUCCAGAAGAUGGACUACUUCGUGGGCAUGUGUGGAGAUGGUGCCAACGACUGCGGGGCCCUGAAAGUGGCCCAUGUCGGCGUCUCCCUCUCUGAGCAGGAGGCCUCUGUGGCUUCCCCCUUCACCUCCAAGACCCCCAACAUCGAGUGCGUCCCAGAGCUGAUCAGGCAAGGCCGUUCUGCCCUCGUCACCUCCUUCUGCAUGUUCAAAUACAUGGCUCUCUACAGCACCAUCCAGUACCUCGGAGUCCUGCUCCUCUACUGGCAACUGAACUCCUUUGGGAAUUACCAGUUUUUGUUCCAAGACCUGGCCAUCAGCACUCUCGUGGGCAUGACAAUGAGCCUGAAUCAUGCCCACCCCAAGCUGGUUCCCCAGAGGCCCCCCGCCCGCCUCACCUCCCCACCUCUGCUGCUCUCUCUGGCACUGAACCUCCUCCUCAGCCUGGCCAUGCAGGUCUGCGGCUUCGUCCUGGUGCAGAAGCAGCCCUGGUACUCCACCAGAGACCUCCUCAGGGCUUGCUCCCCCAGGAACAAAAGUGACGCCGAGUUUCCUGCCUCGCCCAACAACCGGACGGAGGCCGAUGUGGACAACGGGUACAAGAGCUACGAAAACACCACCGUGUGGCUUCUCUCCACCUUCAACUGCCUCCUGGUGGCUCUGGUCUUCUCCAAGGGGAAGCCCUUUAGGCAACCAGUGUACAGAAAUUAUGUCUUUGUCCUGGUCCUGGCGGUGCAGCUGGGUGUCUGCCUCUUCUUCCUCUUUGCCCACAUCGACGGUCUCUAUGCCACAAUGGAUCUUGUUUGCACUCCCUUCCUUUGGAGGUUCUCCCUGCUGGGCCUGCUGCUGCUCACCUUUGCCGUCUCCCUGGUUGUCGAGGAGGCUGUCAUCGAGAACAGAGCCCUGUGGGCGCUUCUGAAGAGAGCGUCUGGGUACCAGUCCAGGAGCCAUUACAAGAAGCUGCGGAGGACCCUGGAGAGGGACCCCUCUUGGCCGCCCCUCAACCGAACGGACUCCGCAAGCUCCGACGUGGUUCGUGUGGCUGGCUUUGGGGCGGCCUACGGCAACCCGGCGUUUGUGAGCCAUGAAGAGCCCGUCUGCGGCCCGAGUGUCUGAAACGAGGUUGCCAUGGCGGUGCUUCAAGGGCCACCUCCCUGGUCAAAAGCGGGUGCCAUUAGCAUCGGCAAGGGACAGCCCCCGAGGGCAGGAUUCCUCGGCCGACGGAGAGGCGCAGGCCUUGGCUGCUGCUGU